AGUAUAUAAGGAGUAGGUCCAACCCUUGGCAGUCACAGGCUUUUAGUUUGUACGCGCCCACUGAACUCCAAGAUGAAGGUUCUUAUUUUAGUGGCAUUAGUAUCUAGCGCGUACGCUGGUCUUCUAGCGCCCUCGUCAAUAGGCUACGUUAGACCGUACGGAUUGGCUGCCCCUCUAGCAGUUGCACGGCCAGCAUUAGCUCCGUAUGCUGUGGCUAAGGUGGCUGCACCGAUUGAGGAUUAUGACCCUAAUCCUCAGUAUUCCUACGCGUAUGACAUACAGGAUGCUCUGACUGGUGAUUCGAAAAGUCAGCAUGAAACACGUUCCGGUGACGUGGUCCAAGGUUUUUAUUCCCUCGUCGAUCCUGAUGGCACCCGUCGUAUUGUCGAGUACACCGCUGACCCCCACAAUGGUUUCAACGCGGUUGUUCACAAGCAACCCCUUGGGGGAGUGGUAAAAGGCGUGGCACCUCUUGCUGCUAUUCACUAAUUGCGUUACUAGGACAGAUUUAACAUCAUUACUCUCAUUACUAAAAUG